GUGUCUGUACAGUUUUCUUUCCACUUGGAACGGAUGGUUGCGGGGUUUUAUUUGGUACCAAGAAAAAUGGCAAGAAGGGUAAAAUAGACAAGGCAUCAAUCAGCAAACCAACUGAUUUUAGGCACCUCGGACAUAUAGGUUUUAAUCCUGAUACAGGGUUUGAUGUACAAAACAUCGAUCCUUCAUGGAAAAAUCUAUUCGAUCAACUUGGUGAACUGGGUAUCAGUCAGGAAUUAAUUACGCAAAAUGCCGAUUUUAUUAUGCAAUAUGUUGAUGAAAAUGGUGGAAUUAAAAAAGCAAGUAAACCUGCCAAAACGACAACCGGCAAAUCAGCAUCCGGUGUUACAAAAAGAACACCACCACCUCCACCAAGUCGACGUCCUGGAUCCUCUAUAUCUGAUAAACCCAAGGCAAAAUCACCGCCACCUCCACCACCAGUUCGACGCUCGGUUGUCAGCAAUCAAUCGAAUAAUAACGGAUCUUCAAAACAUUCUAGUCCUCCAUCAUCUCCAAAGCAGGUCAUUUUUCCAACAACUCUUAAAGCAACAUCACAUCCGCCACCGCCUCCACCUCCAGUUUCGAGCGUGAAUAAGACUGCACAACCGCCUCCAGUUUCGAGCGUGAAUAAAACUGCACAACCGCCUCCAGUUUCGAGUAUAAAUAAACCAGUACAUCCGCCUCCGUUUCCAAGUGUAAAUAAAACCACACCAAUUUCAAGUACAAAUAAAACCCCGCAACCAUCCGUUCCAAGUGGAAAGAAAACUGUACAGACACCUCCGGUUCAAGUUACACCUCCACCGCCACCGCCGCCACCCUCAGGUUCAAGUGUACAUAAAACUGUACAGCCACCUCCAGUACAGGGUGCAAACCCAUGUCCCACCACGUCAACCAACAUCACAGAAAUUCGUAAUGUGGGUGGUACUUCUAAAGCUGGACUUAAACCUGUUGGGGAGCCAACUCGUCAGUCAACUAUAUCAGAAGAGCCUCAGAGCCCAACCGGUGGCGGAAAUGAUCUUGCCUCGGCGUUAGCAAAUGCACUUUUGAAUCGUGGAGCAGCAAUCCACGGUGAUUCUGAUGAAGACGAAGAUGACGAUGACGAUGAUUGGGAUGAUUAA